AUGCCUCAAAAAUUAGUGAAAAGCGAGUGGGAACAGGACAAGGUGUACCUAAUUCAGUUCCCUAGAACCGGAUGUCUUCCAAGUCCAUCUCCGUACUCGUUGAAGUUGGAGACCUGGUUGAGAAUGGCUGGGAUUGAUUAUGAGAACGUAAGCAAUGAAUUCAAGCACAUGUCAAAACGGGGUCAACAACCGUUCAUCGAACUCAAUGGGGAGCAAAUCUCAGACACCUCCAUUAUCAUUGAUAUUCUUGCUGAUAAGGUCAAAGGAAAGGAGCUGACUGAGCUCUCCACCCUAGAUAAAGCCAAGGAGCACGCCUUCUACACGCUCAUCGAACAUCAUCUCACCUUGCUUGGAUUCUACUCUCGUAGUCAAAGUUUCAAAUGGGGGAAAAGAAGUAUUUGUUUGAUCGAUGCUACUCUAUUCGGUCAUCUCGCUGAGAUCCUAUACACUCCUCAAUUCACUAAAGAGAUCAAAGAGUACAUCGAGACGAAUGCUCAGAAUUUGAUUGCUCAUUCUAACCGAAUCAAAGUACUGUACUGGCCAGAUUGGGAGGAAAUCGGGCAGUCGUUGAAGAUGGAUACCAAGUGGAGAUAA